GGCGGGGCCGGGGCGGCCGCGCGGGCAGAGCUGGCCAUGGCGGCGGCGGGAGCGGGCGCGGCGGCGCUGGCGGCGCUGGCGGCGCGGCCGCUGGGCGCGGCGGAGCCGCUGUCGCUGGGCUCGCUGCGCGGGAAGGUGCUGCUGGUGGCCAACGUGGCGUCGCUCUGAGGCACCACCACCCGCGACUUCCUGCAGCUCAACGAGCUGCAGCGGCGGUACGGGCCCCGCGGGCUGCAGGUCCUCGGCUUCCCCUGCAACCAGUUCGGACACCAGGAAAAUGCCACCAACGAGGAGAUCCUGCUCUCGCUGGAGCACGUCCGUCCCGGCAACGGGUACAAGCCCAAUUUCAUCAUGUUCGAGAAGUGCGAGGUGAACGGGAAGAACGCGCACCCCCUCUUCACCUUCCUGAAAGAGGCGCUGCCCUUCCCGCACGACGACCCCUCCUCGCUGAUGACCAACCCCCAGUACAUCAUCUGGUCCCCCGUCUGCCGCAACGACAUCUCCUGGAACUUUGAGAAGUUCCUUAUCGGCCCCGACGGCGUGCCCUUCAAGCGCUACAGCCGGCACUUCGAAACCAUCAAGAUCCAGGAUGAUAUCGAAUUGCUUCUGCAGAAGGUUCCCAAAAAUGCUCUCGAAUAAAGCACCGCAGCGUGCGCUGCCCAGCCCCCCUCGCUUCCUGCUCAGCUCCUGCCUGGUUUUCUCGCAGGGGGCUUGCUCCUCUGGCAGAAAUCCCAACGUCUCGUGCAGGUUUUGCUUAUGGUGGUGCAUCUUCCAAAUUCUUGAAGUGUACUUGAUGUUUUCAAAAGUUGCAUGUGGAUGUUUGGGAAACUAUGCGGGGGAAAGCAGCCAUGAGUCUCAGUAGCUUACUGUGAUUCUCUGAAUAAAAACAAUAUUAAUGUGUACCUUC